AGGAAGGACGGCGAAAGGUUUCUUUUCAGUGCUUGUGGCUUUGGUCCGUUUCUUCCUAAACAGCGCUAACCAUGUCGGAAAGAAAGGUUUUGAAUAAAUACUAUCCCCCAGAUUUUGACCCAUCCAAAAUCCCCAAACUCAAACUCCCCAAAGACCGUCAGUAUGUGGUUAGACUGAUGGCUCCGUUCAACAUGAGAUGUAAGACAUGCGGCGAGUACAUUUACAAAGGGAAGAAGUUCAAUGCACGGAAAGAAACAGUACAGAACGAACAGUACAUGGGCCUGCCCAUCUUUCGCUUCUAUAUUAAAUGCACCAGAUGUCUGGCCGAGAUUACUUUUAAGACAGACCCAGAGAACACAGACUAUGCUAUGGAGCAUGGGGCAACACGAAACUUUCAGGCUGAGAAACUGAUUGAGGAAGAGGAGAAGAAAAUUCAAAGGGAACGAGAGGAAGAAGAGCUAAAUAACCCGAUGAAGGUCCUGGAGAAUCGCACACGGGACUCAAAGAUGGAGAUGGAAGUCCUGGAGAACCUGCAAGAGCUGAAGGAGCUCAACCAGCGCCAGGCGCAGGUGGACUUUGAGUCCAUGUUGGAGCAGUACAAGGAGCUGGAGAAGAGACAGAGGGAGAAGGAGAAGGAGGAGGAUGAGAGGGAGACCAAAGAUAUGCUGGAAAGGGCUUUGGUGAAGAGGCUCAUGGAUUCUGACUCUGACUCGGAUCAGGACCAAGAGAGAGGAAAGGAACAGCAGAAGAAGCACUCUGCUGAGAGACCUACAGAUAUCCUGACCACAGACAGAGGCCCAGACACAAAGGGUCCCUCGCCUGCUGGGGUGAAGCGUCAGAAAGUGGAGAGCUGGGAAAAGAGCGUGGGGGCACUGGGAGGCAGAGGACCACUGGGGUCACUGGUGGUGAGGAGAAAACCCACAGCCACGGUCUCAGUACAGCAGCCUGCAUCUGGGACCCACACAGCUACAGAUUCAUCUGUUGAACCUGCACAGACCUGCGUGAUGGCUACAGCCAGCAGCAGCCUAGCAGCGCCUGUUCAAAACAGUUCCUCUCUCAGCCUGCUGGGGGCGUACUCGGACAGCGACGACAGCAGCAGCGAUUAAGCGCCUUGUCCUAUGCAGAGCUUUCGAAAUAAUGCAAAAGGACAGUCGCAAGAGGAAACCCAAGGACAAUUUUUUCUUUUAAAAUGGACUAGCAGCUAUAUCCGCUGGACAUUUAUGGCAAACACAGCAGUAUUUCUGAAGAUAUUCUGACUCUGCUUGAAUGAUUGGAUAGUUAGACGCUUUUUGGUCCGUUAUUGAACUAACAAUUCCUCAGGUUUGCAGGUUUUGAAUGGUAAUGAUAUAAGAAUUGUAAAAAGCCACCUAUAACCAAAUUUUCAUUUCCUUUCAGAUUUUCCCAUUCAGAUAUGACUGCAUUCUCUUGACACACAUCCAAUAUUAGAAGAGUGUACUUCUGUUUAUGCGACA